UUCUGCCUUGUAACGUACAAAAAAAAACCGGGUUAAAAUCAGCCCCAGCAGCUAAGCCACUAAAGAACAUGCAACUCUCUGCGUAAACCUAUUUGCGAGAGACUGUGGUGACGCUUCCGCGGCGGUUUGCCUCGGUCCAUUUGCAAGGUGAGCCGCACCAUGAUGUGGGCGGAUGUCGAACGGAGGCUCGCUUGGAUCCUUCGGUUGCCUUUGCAGCCUCAGUGAGUUUGGGCUGGCUGCAGAGCCCCAUGCAGUACCCGUGCUGUGCCGGAGUCCCGCUGAGUUGGCAGUGCCGCUGGAGAAAGAGGAAUGAACAGGGAGAGAACGGCGCGCGGUCAGAGACUUGGCGACCCGGCGACCGGGGCCACCGGCAAGGGGCGGCGUUUUAGCCUGCAGCUGGUGGGCUCAGUAAGCGUGCACAAGCUCACUACCGUGCCGGUACUGCCCUGGGUAGUGGCCGAGGUACGGCGAAGCAGUGCCCGUGGCUCCGGCAGUCGCAGGGUAGGCUUGCAGGUGUGUCCCGGCUGGGUGCGCUGCGUGGAGCACGGUUCGGCCAAGACUGUGUUCCAGCACCGGGUGCAGCAAGUCCGCAGGCUGCUGCAGUACCGCACCGAGCCCAGUUACUUUGCUUACCUGAGCAGCAGCAACAGGACCGCGGAACGCAGCGUUUGCUUUGUCUUCAGGGCAUCUGAUCACACACUGGUCCCAGAGAUCAUCAAUACCAUCCGUCAAGCUGGGAAGACAGCCUAUCAGGAAGACACCCAAAUCCGCAUGCACGACGAUGACUCAUUUGCUCAGAAGUAUGAAGUCUUGUUUGUUGGGAAAGUAACAGUGGCCCACAGGAAAGCUCCUCCAGCACUGAUUGAUGAAUGUAUCGAUAAGUUCAACCAUCUCCAGCAACGUCAUGAGGGAAAGAAAGAAGCAGCCACAGAGAAAAAGCUGGAGAGACCACGGACAGAUAGCUCAUUGUCAUUACGCUCCAAGCUUUCAAUGCCAUUAUCACAGAAGAGAGUCAAAUCUGCCCCUAGGCUGUCUAUUCAUCAUGAACCUCAAGUUAAACCAUCACAGAGUACUUUGGAGAAAUGUAAAUCAUUGGAUGUUGGCAGCAGUUUGAACUCAGAUGGAGCAGAGAGUGGUAGCUCAGCUGAAGCCCUGAAACGUGCUGCCAGUGUGCCCAAUUUUGUGCAGCCAACAAACACAAAGGCAAAUAGGACAAUGCUGUUCACGAUUGGCCAGUCAGAAGUUUACCUCAUAAGUCCUGACACAAAGAAAGUAACGAUUGAGAAAAGCUUCAAGGAAAUCUCUUUCUGUUCUCAGGGAAUUAGGUAUGUGGAUCACUUUGGAUUCAUCUGCAGGGAGAACUCAGACAGUGGAGGCUGCCAUUUUGUCUGCUACGUGUUUCAGUGUACUAAUGAGGCCUUGGUCGAUGAAAUUAUGUUGACGUUGAAGCAAGCAUUCACUGCAGCUGCUGUGCAUCAGAACAUGAAGAUCCAAACUCAGUUGUGUGAAGGAUGCCCAUUGAACUCUCUCCACAAAUUAUGUGAAACGAUAGAAGACCUACACCCUUCAAAAGCAAAAGUGGAAAUUCAGAAACAUUUGUCCACAUUCAAUAACAAAGAACAAGCUUCGAUUUUUGAGGGAGUUCAGAGAAUGAAACCAAGAAAUGAACUGGAGGAAAACGAGCUUGUUGUUUCGAUGCUGCGGCAGAUCUAUGAAGAGAAACAGAAACAGCACGUCCAUAACGGAGAUGCAAAGCAGAUCUUGCAGAGCUGCCCUCAGCAGUCCAAUGCCAGUGAGCAACAAUCUCUCUCUGCCCGCUUCCGGCUGGACAACCUGAAAAUCAAAGCAAAAAAGUCACUUGCGGAAUCACUAGAGAACAUUCUUUCCAUGGGAGGGUCUCGCCUCAAAAGCCAAGCAAAUGCUGGAAGUACAGUGACAGAACAAAUACCUGUAUCUCUGAGUCUAUCAAGCUUGUCCAAGGAUGACUCUUUGGAUGAAAGUGAGGACCAGGAGAUGCCUACUAGUCCUAUAAAGUCUCAUGGUUCCACAGGGGAUCUGCUGCAAGACUCGGAAAACGACACUGAAGAAAGUCAACCAGCAUUUCGAAGACGAGCCAAUACCUUUAGUUACAUGCCCUCCAGCGCUGAGCAGCCACAAGAGAUCAUCGCCGAGACUCCAUCCUUUCCCAAACCAAAGCUGAUGAGGUAUCACUCAGUGAGCACAGACACGCCACACAAACAAAACCUGAACCCAUCAAAUGGUAACACUGGCAGCAAAUGGGCUCACCUCAGAUUGCACAGGUCUGUAGAUCCACUGUGGGCUUCAACCUCCACUCCAAACUUUUUUAAGUAUUUGAAGACGAGUUCCAGUGGAAGGGAUGGAGGGCUGAUGUUGAAAAGAAGUAAAUCUUAUCUUGUUUUUGAAACUGCGAUCAGUGCUUCUCAACUUAACUGUCUACGAUCAAGGCUUCCUUCUUCAACUUCUACACCAAACUUUCUGAAAUUUCUGGUUCCUGUAGCUCAAAACCACAGCAGCAAAAGUGAUUAUGACUCCAGGCCGAGCCCAUGCAGAGAUUCCAACAGUAGUGGGAGCUUGGUCCGUACACGCCGACAGUCCUGGCGACAACAGAUCUUUCUCCGAGUGGCCUCCCCACAAAAAGGAUGUGAACCCCCAUGCAGGCAUGAUGGCAAAAUGCAAGCUGCCUUCUUCACUUACCCUGCUGCCUUCAAAUAUUUCUACCAUCCCAAUGGAGGGGAUGUUUCUUCAAGGGCAUCUAUGGCGACAUCAUGCAAUGACGGUUACCUGGGGGCAGUUGCAGAGGAAAAAAAACGUCCAUCUGGAGAGCUCCGAGAUUUAUGGAGGAAGGCGAUUCUCCAGCAGAUACUGCUACUGAGAAUGGAGAAAGAAAACCAGAAACUACAGGCUUCCGAAAGUGACCUGCAGAAUAAGCGGCUGAAACUAGAUUAUGAGGAAAUCACAUUGUGCCUGAAAGAAGUGACUCAAGUUUGGGAGAAAAUGCUCAAUGUACCUGCCAGGUCAACAGUUAAAUUUGACAUGGAGAAUAUUCACAUGGCCAUGGGUCAAGGAGUACCUCGAUACCACCGAGGGGAAAUAUGGAAGCUUCUAGCAGAACAGCACCAACUGCGGUAUCGGCUUCCUGUAAAGCAGCAGCCAAAGACUACUCCGUAUGAAGAGCUAUUGAAACAAUUAACGUCUCAACAACAUGCAAUACUCAUUGACCUUGGGCGCACAUUUCCAACACAUCCCUAUUUUACAACUCAGCUGGGUGCUGGACAACUCUCACUAUACAAUCUCUUGAAAGCCUAUUCUCUUCUGGAUCCAGAGGUGGGCUAUUGCCAGGGGCUUAGUUUUGUGGCAGGAAUCUUGCUGCUGCACAUGAGUGAAGAAGAUGCUUUUCAGAUGCUGAAGUUUCUCAUGUAUGACAUGGGCUUGAGAAGGCAGUAUCGUCCCGACAUGAUUAUUUUACAGAUACAGAUGUACCAGCUUUCACGACUCCUCCAUGACUAUCAUCGCGAUCUUUACUGCCACUUUGAGGAGAAUGAAAUCAGCCCCAGUCUUUACGCUGCCCCAUGGUUUCUCACUGUAUUUGCCUCUCAGUUUCCUUUGGGAUUUGUGGCUAGAGUAUUUGAUAUGAUUUUCCUUCAAGGGUCAGAGGUCAUCUUUAAAGUAGCUCUUAGCUUGCUGGGAAACCACAAGCCUCUAAUACUUCAGCAUGAGAGCCUGGAAUCAAUAGUUGACUUUAUAAAAUGCACACUCCCUAAUCUUGGACUAGUGCAGAUGGAAAAAACAAUAAAUCAGGUUUUCGAGAUGGACCUGUCCAAGCAACUGCAGGCCUACGAAGUUGAGUAUCAUGUUCUUCAGGAUGAGCUGAUAGAUUCUUCUCCCACAAUGACUGAAAAUGAGCGAUUAGAAAAAUUGGAAAAGAGCAACAAUAGCUUGCGCAAGCAGAACAGUGAUCUGCUGGAGGAGCUUGAGGUUGCUCAUACUAAGAUUGAAAGCCUGGAAGCUACAGUCAACACUUUGCUCUCUAAUGAAGGAAAGUUAAAGCAAGCUAUUCAUAGACUUGAGUUGGAGAGAGCUGCACUCCUGGCUACGGUGGAAGAAUUUCAGAAGCAGGUUCCCAGCACAGAGCACGUUAAAAACAACUCUCUCUGAAGCAGAAGAAAAGGAUUAUAAAACCUGAUGCACUUUAAAUGAUGGGUAUGAAGCAAGAGAAGACAUUUUGAUUAGUGGGAUUCUCUGUUUCCAUCGCACCACAGAGCAAAAUAUCAAUAUGCGAUCCAUUCAAAGGCACAGCAGUAACAUCUUGUUUAACAAUAUAGGCAUAGUACUGAUCACUGGAUUAUUACCUGCUGUCAAAGCAGAUCAAUAGAAAACUCAUUUCUCUGAAAAUUGUGUGGGUUUAUUUAUAUCUAAUGCUUGUACCUGUUUUGUCUUUAUGUUUUGGACACUUCUUAACCAGGACACAAUACUUGAAGGAUUCUUCAUAAUACUUUGUUUGUAGUGAUAACCAAAAGUGAGCCAUGUGCUUUCAGUGUCAUUAUGACACUUGCAUUCGGAGGGUUACAUCGGAGGUGGUCACUUCAUUUCGAAGUUUGUGGGUAUGUUGUAAGAAAACUACACUAACGUUCCUCUUGCCAUUAAUUGGAAUUUUUAGUUUUCUUAAUUCACCUCACUUCAUCCCUAACCAAGAUUAGUAUUAUCUUGUUUUUUUUAAAAAAGUACACCUUACAAAAUGAAAUUAUAUGUAAAGACAAAAUUACAAAAGCUGAGAAAGAAAAUUGCAAGUCAAAUCAAGCGGUGUCUUUUGAAAAGCCUUACAACACCCACGGUGGGAGAUUAUGUAAUGUGGCUUAUCUGUGUUUUACAAGUUUUAAUAUAUCAGCUUCCUUUGAGUAGAAAAUGGUUGGUAAAUAGGAAUCAUUUUUUUUCAAAGUUUCAUGGAAAAUAAUGUACCACAGCCAAAAUAUUUAUGAUUGAUUUCACAUUUCAUUUCAUCUAGCCCGUCAUAUACAUCAAUAUUUUUGGGUGGUUUCACAAUACUUGGUGUUUAAGUACAAAACAUGGACUUACAUAUCACCAAAUAAAACUGAAAGUUUGAUCAGUGCUAAGACCAUCCAAUGAAUUAACAUGGUAUCCAUCUGUUGAUAUAUUUUAAGAAUUGGAAACCAACACUUCAUUAGUUCAACUCAUUGCUCUUAUUAUCUACUUGCCUGCAUAUUUGGAUGUGAACACUUUUUGGGCCAAUCCUUUUCAGUGAAACUGGUUUGUGCUAGGUUAAAUAGAUCUAGAUGGGCUGGAUCUGACUUACAUGCUCUUUUACACUCGUGCUGGAGUUUGGUAUCAUAAAAUAGGUCACUUUUUCCUCUACUGAGCAUUUUUAAAACAUUUUAGGAACUGAAAAGAAGCUAAGUAAAAGGUUAAUAGUCUUGCAAUCAUGCAAUUCAGAGAGAAUUGCUUUUAAAAAAAUUAUAUAUAAUAUUGUUCCAGGCCUGAUCUGCAUGGUCUGUUUCUCAACUGAAUUGAUCUAAAAUGGGCUAUAUAACAUUAGGAUGGAAGAGAUAUCCAGUGAUUAUAAAAAAUGAUGCACUAUUCUAUCAUCAUCUCAAUCCAGUCCAUAAAAGGAAGGGACUAUGUAGAUGUUGGACAGUAUUCCAAAUUUGUGAUUGUGAUAUAUUCAAGCACCAGUAUAAUUAACUAUGCUUUUCUUGUCCAUGUGCCUUUUCACGCAAUUCUGAUACCUCAGUAGUUGUAUUACACAAUGAGUGAGCUAAGCUACGUGUUUCCAGGAAACGGUCAUAUUAAAUGGGUUGCCAUGAUUUUUGAACUACUUGUUUUGCAUUUGUUGGAUUUCUUUAUUCACUAAUUCAUAAAUCAGAGCCAUUGCUGAUGUUGUUUAGUCCUUUUCCUUUUGUACUGGUAAUGUGCCAUGAAUUGUGCCUAGUAGAGAGCAGGUUGAGAUUUGAGAUGCAACAGUAUCAAAUAGUUCAAAAGUGAAGUUCAGUGUGACUUUGCAUUUAUCUUUCCCACUACUGGUAGCCCAAUGGUUAACUUUAAUGUUGUUCUGUGUAGGGAAAAGUUCAAAAAAUUUCCACACAGUUUAAAGAAAGUUUUAGAAUUACCAAAUCUGAGUUUAACUAUUUCAAUGUUUACACUCCUCAAAAUUUCAAUCAAUUGUUUCUUUUUCUUUUCAUCCCAACAUUUUAAAAUACAUUUCUUGUGACCAUUGUGUAUCCGAUGCUAUGUGCCUGUGAUGCUGCUGAGUAAGUUUCCGAAUGCACCUGUACAUACAUGUACUUGUGCAUAAGACAAUAAACUCAACUUUGAU